AUGGCGGGCAAUCCGACCAGCAAAAAUCUAAUCGCCGUUGUUAUUGGAGCUGUGAUCCUAUUUGGCGCUAUUAGCAUAAUUCCGAUCGUCAUUAUGCGAUGUCACCGUCGCAGAGCAGCAGCGAGACAUGCAAACGAGCUUCGUUGUCUCGAGGUCAAUGGCACUAUUCGCCAGGUCAGCGUGCAAAGAUGGCUGGACCAACAACAAACAACGGCGAGAGCAACAUCCGAGAACCUUGAACGAUACGCAGGCGAAUCAUGCCCCAUCUGUCUCAUGUCCCUCUUUGCGCCGUCCGCGUUAUCGCUCUCCGGCUCCACCAUACACAACCCGCAAGAUCGCAGCAAUCAUACCCUGCCUCUCCCCUCACCCCCGGAAGCAGCCCACGUUUCACAUCCCGAUCAAUGCACGACAACAGCAGCAACAACGAGAGCGAGAACAGACGACGACCGCACCCGGCCUCCACGUCUUUCAGGUCGAAGAAGACCUGCAGAUGAAGAGGACGAAGAAGAGCGCGCCAACCUGAGCUCAAGUGGUGUGCUGAUCCUCAACCGAUGCACCCACGCCUUCCACACCCGCUGCCUUGAAUCAUGGUUCGAGUAUGGCCAGUACAGAUGCCCAAUCUGCGCGGACGUCCUCAUCACUCCCGAAUAA